AUGGCUUAUCUCGGCGAUACAAGUCAAAUGUUGGUAGAUACUACGGAUGUUUUUACAACUCAUCAAAAAUUUGCUACCCCAGAUGAUGUUGUCAAAUGGGCUCGAGAUGUUGGAGAUGCCAAUAAAGUCGGUAUUAUCAUUACUCGGUCGGAUAAAAAGAACGGAAUAAGAGGAAGAAAUGACAAGUUGAUUUUGGGUUGUGACAAAGGUGGAAAAUGGUUCAGGAUGGAAAGUUCAGGUUAUUCAUGGACACAUAGCAGUCCAUUUUUUCAAUAUUUGAGAAACUUUGUCUCCAGGGCUGCUAUGACACUAAUUUCUGAUGAGAUGGAGAGAAUUGACAUUGUUGGAACAAAUAAAAACUUGUGUGGUUGCAAACUUAGGUCAACAUGUGAGUUGCCUUGUGCUUGUGAAUUGAGUGGAUAUACAACCAGCGGUGUACCGAUACCGUUAGAUUCAGUUCACGGUCACUGGAAGAAAUUAACUAUGGAAGAACCAUUGGAGGAUGACACAGAGGAUGGAUAUGAGUUGGACAUGAGUAAUGCAAUGGAGGCCAUAUGGACUCGAUUUCGGUCACUUGAUAUUGUUGGUAAAAGAGCGUUGAAGAGUAAAGUGUUUGAACUUGCUUAUCCAGCCUCAAGUUCAUUGUGUCCACCACCUGAAAAAAUAAAAACCAGAGGAGGAGUGAAGAACAAAAAUAAAGGCAAAGCACCAAAAGGUUAUGAUGUGUAUCGUGAUCCAUCAUACUUUGAACACGUUGAAAGAGAAUAUGGUGAUUCACAAGGUACAUCGAAGAGGUUGUGUACACAACAAUCACAAACAUCUCAGAAGGAACUAUCUCAACCCUCUCAGAAGCAACAAUCUCAACCAUCUCAGAAACAACUAUCUCAGAUGUCUAAAAAACUGACAUCUCAGAAAUAUUUGGGGCAAUUUCCUGAUCAUAUGCAUCCACAUAUUGUUGACAUUGCUGAUGUGCUUGAAGAUGGAAAUUGUGGUUUUAGAGCUGUUGCAUCUUUACUUGGUUACACAGAGGAAGGUUGGUCCAUCGUCCGCCGGGAGUUAGAUGAAGAGCUUAGAAAUAAUAACAGAGUAAUCAGAUCAAAAGGAAUGCUACCUCUGUGA